AUGGAGCACAGUCACAUCUUCCCUGUUUUUCCCCCUAAUGGGAGCUCCUGGAGCCCAGGGCAGCAUCCCUCUGAGGUUACCCAGGGAUGCCCCCUUGGACCACUGCCGGUCAUUUACUACAGCGUCCUGCUCUGUCUCGGCCUGCCGGCUAACAUCCUGACCGUGGUCAUCCUGUCCCAGCUGGUGCUGCGUCGUCAGAAGUCCUCCUACAACUAUCUCCUGGCUCUGGCAGCCGCCGACAUCCUUGUCCUGCUGCUUAUCGUGUUUGUCGACUUCAUACUGGAGGAUUUUAUACUGGCAGCGCCACUGCCCCUGUCACUGAACAAUGCGGUGCAGGUUUUAGAGUUCUCCUCCAUCCACACCUCAAUCUGGAUCACCGUGCCUCUCACAAUUGACCGCUACAUCGCUGUUUGUCACCCGCUGCGCUACCACACAGUCUCCUACCCGGCCCGUACUCGCAGGGUGAUAUUUGCAGUGUAUAUUGGGUGCCUGCUCUCUGCAGCUCCUUACUACUGGUGGCCUGAGCUGUGGCACAGCCUUCCUGGAGUGGGCAGUGGAGGAGGAGGAGGAGGAGGAGAGGGUGACAGGAGAACCGUGGCUCAGCAUGUCCUGGUGUGGGCCCACUGCACCACCGUCUACCUCCUCCCCUGCACCGUCUUCUUCUCCCUCAACGCUGUCAUCGUUCGGAAGCUGCGCAGACGCCGCAGCUGUUUCCGCCUGCGCGGCUACUCCACUGGCAAAACCACCGCCAUCCUCCUCGCUAUCACCUCUAUCUUCGCUGUCCUGUGGGCUCCACGUACCCUCAUGAUCCUGUACCACUUCUACUCCCCUCCACCUGCGUCACGAGGUGCUGGCCUGCUGCUGCACAUGCUCACUGAUCUGGCUAACAUGCUCGCUUUGCUCAACACUGGCGUCAACUUCUUCCUGUACUGCUUCAUCAGCAAGCGUUUUCGGGGGAUGGCGGCUAAUGUGCUGCGAGCUCUGGUGCACUGCAGAAAGCAGCCACCUCCGUUCUACGCCAGCCACAACUUCUCGAUCACAAGCAGCCCCUGGAUUUCACCGGCCAACUCCCACUGCAUCAAAAUGUUGGUGUACCAGUACGACAAAAACGGGAAGCCCAUCUGCAUUUCCUCUUGA